UACUAUUGUUUUUAUUUGUAUUUCUGAAUUUACAAUGAAGCAACGGUUUAAUGCUUUAGAUAUACGUGCCACUGUGGCCAAUUUGAAAGAAAGAUUGAUAGGACUUCGGUUGCAAAAUGUAUAUGACGUGAAUUCAAAGACAUUUCUGUUUAAGUUUGGAAAGCCUGAUGACAAAGAAUUAGUCCUGAUUGAAUCUGGUACAAGAAUUCAUACUACUCAAUUCAGCCGAGAAAAAUCUGCUAUGCCUUCCAUGUUUUGUGCAAAACUUCGUAAACAUAUUCGUACUCGUCGUUUGACUGGCGUCCGUCAAGUUGGUGUGGAUCGUAUUGUGGACUUUGAGUUUGGUGGUGGUGAAAAUAGUCUUGGAUUCCAUAUUAUUGCAGAAUUCUAUGCUUCAGGCAAUAUUAUUUUGACAGAUCAUGAAUAUCGUAUAUUGACUUUAUUGCGUGUGGUACAAAGUGACACGGUGCGUAUGGUAGCUGGUGAAAUCUACAAUAUUGAUGCUACACUUCGUGAUUUUCAAAAGGUGGAAGUAGAUAAAUUGAAACAAGUUUUACAAAAAGCGGGACCUAAGGAUACUCUGAAAAAAAUACUCAAUAUUGGAUUUGAAUAUGGUCCAGCGAUGACAGAACAUAUUAUCCUUGAAGCUGGUCUCAAUCCCAAUACCAAAGUCGCAACAGAAUUUGAUUGUUCUGAUGAUUCUCCUGCUCUUAAGGAUUUACUUGUGGCGUUUACAAAAAGUGAUGAAAUGGUCGCUUCUACUGCGAAUAAGGUUCCCAAGGGCUACAUUAUUUUACUUGACAAUGCAAAUCAAGAUAGACAACAAGAUAUCGAUGGAAAAGAACUGAAAGAAGUGGAAAUUUAUGACGAAUUUCAUCCGUACCUAUAUCAUCAACAUGCAACCAAGAAAUACCUAGAAUUCCCUACAUUUGAUAGUGCUGUUGACGAAUUUUACUCUGCAAUCGAGGCACAGAAACUGGAGAUGAAAGCAAGAAAUCAGGAAAACGCAGCAAUCAAGAAACUGGAAGCUGUACGAAAAGAGCAAGAAGGCCGUGUAGCAGGUCUUUUAGAUCAACAAAUGUCGAACACGCGGAAGGCUCAAUUGAUUGAACUCAAUCUCGAUACUGUGGACGCGGCAAUCUCUAUUAUUCGAAAUGCUGUGGCUAGUCAAAUGGAUUGGCUGGAUCUAGAGGAACUGGUCAAGGAGGAGAAACGACGAAAUAAUCCUAUUGCUUUGAUGAUUGAUGCUUUGAAAUUGAAAACCAAUCAAAUCACACUUUUAUUAUCGGAUCCUUAUGACAACGAAGACAGUGAUGAUAGUGAUGAUAAUGAUGAUGAUGAAAAUAGUGAUGACUCUAUUGAAGAAAAGCGACAACAACAACAACAACAGCAACAACAAUUGUACAAAGUCGAUGUUGAUAUAUCCACCACAGCCUUCGCCAAUGCUCGCGUUUAUUAUGAUAUGAAAAAAACCACUGCUGUCAAACAUGAAAAGACGAUUGCAGCUACAUCCAAGGCUUUGAAAUCAGCAGAACGAAAGAUUCGGCAGGAUUUGAAAGAAACCAAAAUUAAUGUCAGUAUCAACAAAAUUCGCAAGCCGUUCUGGUUUGAGAAAUUUUUAUGGUUUAUCUCUACUGAAGGUUAUCUGAUUAUUGCGGGCAGGGAUAUGCAACAAAAUGAAAUUCUGGUGAAAAGAUAUCUUUUGAAAGGUGAUGUCUAUGUACAUGCUGAUCUUCAUGGCGCAGCAUCUGUCGUAGUCAAGAACAAACCCGAUUCUGCAGACAAACCUAUUCCGCCAAGUACUCUUUUCCAAGCUGGUAUUAUGUCCGUUUGCCAAAGCAAAGCUUGGGAUGCCAAAAUCGUUACUAGUGCCUAUUGGGUCCAUCCAGAUCAGGUAUCCAAAUCUGCUCCAACUGGUGAAUAUCUAACCACUGGUAGUUUUAUGAUUCGCGGUAAGAAGAACUUUUUACCUCCCGUUCAAUUGGUGUAUGGCUUUGGCUAUCUCUUCAAACUCGAUGAAUCAUCUAUUGGAAAUCAUAUCAAUGAAAAGCGACAAGAACUUGAACAGGAUGGUGACCAAGAUGAUAAUCAAGAAAUCAAAGAAGAUCAUAUUGAAGCUAAUAUCCAAGAAGAAGAACAAGAAGGUGCUAUUAUGAAGUCAGUCAAAGAUGUGAAUAUUGCGGAUGAUGAUGACGAUGAUAGCUCAGAUAGUAGUAGUUCUGAUAAUGAUGAAACUGCUUUCCCAGAUACUCAACUUACAACUCCCUCCAAUGUCAAUGAAGUAUCUCCUAACACAGCAAAUGGUUCAACAAAAGACAAAGAAUGGAACAAAUAUGAUCUUGAAGAAUAUGGUGAAAAUGACGAUACACUACCUUCCUUUGCUCAAAACCAACCAUCAGAUAAAUCACAGAGCAAAAAGGCUAUAUCCGCCAAGGAACGACGAGAUAUGAAGAAAGGUACCAAAGGAACAGGAAGUGGAAACAAUACACCAAAGUUGGACGAGUUUUCAUCUCAGCCAAAACCCAACAAGAAACCAAGCAAUAACAACAAAGCCAAUGAACCCAAACAACAACCAGUAUCAACACGUGGACGCAAAGGCAAAUCAAAAAAGAUCAAAGAAAAAUAUGGUGAUCAAGACGAAGAAGAACGCCAGCUACGAAUGGAAAUAUUAGGCUCAAACAAGGGACCUCAGCCAAAAGGGAAGAAGGCAAAGAAACAAGCCAAAGAAAAGGCAGAAAAGUUAGCCAUGGAAAAGGAACGUGAAGAACGAAGGAAACAAAGACAAGCUGAAGAAUCAACGACUACUGAUGAUAUAGUGGAUACCAAUAAAACAAAGGAUUCAGAGACAUUGCACGACAAUGCUAAAGAAACGGAGGACAUUCGACAGAUGCUAAAGGAAGAAAACAUCACCAUGUUGGAAAAUGAAGAAUUGGCUAGUUUGACAUCAUUAGAUUCUUUGACAGCAAAUCCUCUGCCAAAUGACCUACUUCAUUUUGCCAUUCCAGUUUGUGCGCCUUAUCCGGCUCUUCAGAAAUACAAAUACAAGGUCAAGUUGACUCCAGGUACAUUGAAGCGUGGCAAAGCUAUCAAACAAGCGCAAUCAGUAUUUUUGAAUCAUCAAGACAUUACUGCUCGUGAAAAGGAAUUAAUCAAAGGUGUACCAGAUAUGGAAGCAAUCAAUACAAUGAUGAGCAAGGUCAAGGUAUCAGCCCCCAAUUUGGAAGCAAGCAAAAAGAAGAAAGGUGGACGAAGAUAGAUAGAUGUAGUAUUUUAUAGUUAUAGAUCAGUUACCGUAUAAUAUUCGAAAUUUAAUAUUAAAGUAGGCAACAAACCAAAUAGUCUCGUUACCUUUUUUUUUUUU